AUGAUUAAAAAGUCGAAGUUGUAUUCAGCAGCGUAUUUAUUUAGUUUUAGUAGCGCUUUAAUAUCUUAUGGGAUUGAUGGUCUGAUACAAGUGCUAAGGAAAGAUGGAACCUUUACUACAGUUAUCACCGCUUGGCCUGACGUGGAAGAUAGAAGUUCAUUCGCCAAUAUUGCAAGGGUAACCAAUUACGUUCUCUGGUGGAUAUUCAUGAUGCGUUUGUCAGCGAUAUACGUCCUAGUUAUCUGUCUAACAACUUGUCUAAGUCACCAGUACAAGAAUCUGCAAAGCUACUUUUAUCAUCUAGUUGAUAUAUUUGAUGAACAUGAUUUAAGUCAACAGGAAAAGGAGAAAAAGUACGAAGAUUCAGUAAAAAUUGGAAUAAAAUUACAUUCGGAUACAUUAUGGUGUACCAGACAAAUUGAGAAUGCCUAUGCAGUAGUUUUCAGUGGUCAAAUAUUGGUAAACAUUUCUGUUCUUUGUCUGCUAAUGUUGCAGAUGGUGGCGUCUCUACUCAGCACUGCUAUGUAUAGUUCUGGCUGGGAGAACUGUCAGAAAGAUUGUUCAAUUAGAAUCAGGCGUUUGUUAGUAAUUGCAAUGGCGCAAAGUCAGCGACCAGUAACGCUGCGUAGUUUUGGUAUAAUAGAGCUGUCGUACCAGUCUUAUGUUUCCAUCGUGAAAUCUUCAUAUUCCGUGUUUUCAAUAUUGUAUUAG